UGUGUGUGUGUGUGUUCGUGAGAGAGGGAGAGGGAGAAAGAUGAGAAAAGGGAGAGCUCCAUGCUGUGAUAAGGGUGAUUUGAAGAAGGGGCCGUGGACGCCAGCGGAGGAUAUGAAGCUCAUGGCCUACAUUCACAAGCAUGGACACGGGAACUGGCGUGCAAUGCCCAAGCAAGCAGGUUUGUUGCGAUGUGGAAAGAGCUGCCGAUUGAGAUGGAUUAACUAUCUCCGGCCAGGCAUCAAGCGUGGGAACUUCACACGUGAGGAAGAGGAAACCAUAAUCAAGCUUCAUGAAUCACUAGGAAACAAAUGGUCGAAGAUCGCCUCUAAUCUGCCAGGGAGGACAGAUAACGAAAUCAAGAACGUGUGGAAUACACGCUUGAAGAAGCGGGCUACACUGAAAGGAACUAAUCCAUCCAUUCAACAACGCAAAGAAUCGCAGAGCUUAUCUUCAUCCAAGUCAUUGUUAUCAGAUUCCAAUCAACGUGAAUUAGUGGGACAAGAAGAGCAAGUCAUUUCAACGGUUGAUUUUGAUGGAGCAUCUGAAGAGAGUGAUGUGGAACGUGUGGAGAUCAAGAAAGAGCCGAUAGAUGAGAAGAUAGAAAUACUGAUUGAACCUAACGUAGAUAUGUGGGACAUGUUAGAAGAUAACUCUACCAAGUCACUAGAUACAAUCAACGGUAAAGAUGAAUCCACAUGGCAUGUACACUUAAAGGAGCGGUUCGGAUCAAAAUGUGAUCUUAUUAAUGUUCCUACAGUUGAACUUAAUAAAUCAUCAAGCUCCUCCAUUUCAAAUGGAUCAUGGCCCAUUGAUGUUGGUCGAAUUGGGACCAAAGGAAAGGCAUAUCCACCAUUCAAAUUAGAAAGGUCCAGUGAUGAGAUGGGACCCAAGGAGAUGCCUCAUGGCCCCUAUGGGGGACUCCCUGAAAACCCAAACCCAGAUUUUUGGGACAUUUUAAAGGAUGGGUUGUCUUUCUUUCCUCCUAAUGUGGGGCCCACCCAUGUGAUGGAGGACUACCACAGCAUCAAGAACUCUGAGAAGGAAGAACCAAGAGGAGAAGGUGAUGGUAAAAGGUGGAUAACAUACUUAGAGAAGGAAUUGGAGCUGUGGACCCCAGAUGGGGACCACCAUCGAAGUCCAUCCAAAGGUGCAAUCGAACCAACGGCCCCAUCAUGUCCUUACUAUGAUGCAAAACUAGUUAAUGAAGUCGAUCCAAUCAUUGCUUAUUUUCAAAUGCAGCUUAACUAGCAAAUGAAGGGAUCCGAUCUUGUCUUAUUUUCGAAUGCAGCUUCCAUCACCACCCAUCUAGAUAUAAUGAUCUUAUUACCAACCUAGCUAUUCCCAAAAGUUAAAAGAGUUAAAAGAUUGAUCUUACCGACCAAUCUUCGACCAUCAGUCCCACCUAAGACUUAGAAAAUCUCUCUCUCUCUCUCUCUCUCUCUCUCUCUCUCUCUCUCUCUCUCUCUCUCUCUCAUAUUAGGUUCUGGAAGAUUAGGUGGAUCGCUGGUCCAUUAAGAUUUAGAAAUGAGGUGGACCAUCGUUCAAAGUGUAAUCUACAAUAAACAUUAAAGAAGUUUUUGAUUAUUUUUAUUUUUAUUUUGGACUUGUAAGUCAUUUUUUAUGAGAGUGCACAUGCAACCGCCAGUGGUGAUGGAGUGAAGUUAGAAUGUAAAAUGCAAGUGGGACUAGAGUGUAUUUUUGGGUGGACCACAAUGAUUUAACAGCCAUUAAAUCUGGUGGCACCGGAUGUGGGGCCGACAUGAUGUAUUCAGGACAUCCAACCUGUCCAUCAGAUUUGUUGUCUCACGUUACCCUCGGAUCCACAUGAAUAAGUACAAACAGAAAAUUAGGUUAGCCAUAGCAUAGGGAACAUUUUGGGAGGGGACGG